AUGGUUAAACGAAUUCUAAGCCAUCAUAGUAUUAAUAGGGCUGAUCAUGAAACCAAUGAGGUUGAACGAAGACAUUCGUUUGAAAACACACUUCUGACGAAUAAUCGUACAAAUUCAGCGCCGAUGAUAAGUAAUGAUGCCUUACUAGAAGAUAAAGAUGAUCAUCAUAAUUCAAAAAAGAAACGUAGUAUAACCAUUGUUAAUAUUAGCACCACCGAAUUAGCAAUUAAUAAGCCAGAUGAAGAACAACCAGAAGCACGUGAACAAUGGAGUAAACAACUUGACUUUCUUUUAUCUAUUAUUGGUUUCGCUGUUGAUCUUGCUAAUAUAUGGCGUUUUCCGUAUUUAUGCUAUAAAAAUGGUGGAGGUGCCUUUCUUAUUCCUUACGUUCUUUCAGUUUUACUCGGUGGUAUGCCUUUAUUUUAUUUGGAACUCUUACUUGGACAAUAUUAUCGGCAAGGUGCAAUCACAUGUUGGAGAAAAAUUUGUCCGUUGUUAGCUGGAAUCGGUUGGGCUGUAACUGUCAUUGCAUUCUAUACUGAUUUUUAUUAUAAUGUUGUCAUAUCAUGGGGUCUCUAUUAUCUAUUUGCUUCAUUCCGGAAAAUUUUACCAUGGAGUGAUUGCAAUCAUCGGUGGACUACACCAGAUUGCUCAACAGUCAAUACACGUCGCCGUUUUCUAGAGAAUUGUAUUAAUCAAUUGAAUAAUACUUUGAAUACAACAAUAGAUCUUUCGCGAAUAAAUCCCAAUGAACAAAAUUCAUUCGAAACCAGUCUAUUGUAUGAAAAUUGCUCUGAAAGUUUAAAACACUCAAAAAUUGUUUCACCAGCACAAGAAUAUUUUCAUUUACAAGUCUAUCGUCUAGAUAAAACACGUAGCCUUAGUUUAGAGAAUUUAGGAAAUAUUAAUUGGGAAAAUUUGGCUUGUCUUGCAAUUAUCUAUUUAAUUUGCUAUUUUUCCAUGUGGAAAGGUGUUAAAACAUCUGGCAAGGUUGUUUGGUUCACUGCACUGUUUCCUUAUGUUGUACUUACCAUUCUCAUGAUACGUGGUCUUUUCCUAAACGGUUCAAUGAAAGGUAUCGAAUAUUAUAUACGUCCUGAUUUAAGUAAAUUGAAUGAUGCAUCUGUAUGGGUUGAUGCUGCAUCACAAACAUUCUUUUCACUGGGACCUGGUUUUGGUGUAUUAAUGGCAUUUGCAAGUUAUAAUGAUUUUCAUCAUAAUGUUUUUCGAGAUGCAAUGAUAACUGUAGCUGUGAAUAGUUUAACAAGUUUUGCAAGUGGUUUUGUAAUAUUUAUGUUCUUGGGUUAUAUGAGUGAAGUAUCAGGACGAGCUAUAAAAGAUGUAGCCGAACAAGGAUCAACACUUGUUUUUAUUGUCUAUCCGGAAGCGAUCGCAACAAUGCCAUGGGCACCGGUGUGGGCCGUAUUCUUCUUUUUAAUGUUGCUAACACUGGGUUUAGAUUCAUCGUUCGGAGGAAGUGAAGCAAUAAUAACGGCAUUAAGUGAUGAAUUUCCUGUACUACGUCGUCAUCGAGAAUGGUUUGUUGGUAUUUUAUUUUUCUUCUAUUUUCUUAUUGGUAUUCCGAGUUGUACUGAUGCGGGAGUUUACUUUGUUGAACUAUUACAAAAUUAUGCCGCAUUCUAUUCAAUUAUAAUUGCCGUGUUUUUUGAAGCAAUAGCUGUAUCAUGGCUCUAUGGAAUACAACGUAUAAGUGAAGAUGUUCAAGAAAUGCUUGGAACAAAACCAGGCAAAUUUUGGAUUGGUACAUGGUGUUUUGCUGCACCUGCAUUUCUUGGAGGAAUUAUUAUUUUCGGUUUAGUCCGCUAUACGAAUCCAAGUUAUGGAGAGCCCACUGAUCCAUUUUAUUAUAAGUAUCCCGAUUGGAGUCAUUUACUUGGUUGGAUGUUUGCAUUGUCAUCAGUUAUAUUUAUACCUGCUGUUGCUAUCUAUCAAUUAUUAAUUGAAAAAGGAAGUUUAGCGACGAGAUUUCGCUUGGCAAUAACACCGUGGAAAGAACGGCAAAGAAAUCAAAAUCCUGAUAUAAUAAUUAGUACAAAUCAUGUAUUGAAAAAAUAUAUUUCUGAAGAGACAAUUUAA